AUGCCCAGGACUAUAACCUUUGAUAUACCAUCACGUUAUAAACUUGUGGAUCUCAUUGGCGAAGGUGCGUAUGGCACCGUAUGCUCUGCUAUCCACAAGCCAACAGGUACGAAGGUUGCCAUUAAGAAGAUUCAGCCAUUUACUAGGGCUAUGUUUGUGACGAGGACCCUAAGGGAACUGAAGCUCUUAAAAUUCUUCCAUAGCCAUGAAAAUAUUAUCUCAGUACUUGACAUAGUACGUCCUACAUCUUAUCAAGAGUUUGAUGCGGUUUAUCUUGUGCAAGAACUCAUGGAAACUGAUUUGCAACGAAUCAUAUCUCAAACGAACAAUUUCCUAUCUGACGACCACAUCCAGUACUUUACCUACCAGAUUCUGCGUGCGUUAAAGUCAUUGCAUUCUGCACAAGUGAUACACCGUGACUUAAAGCCUUCGAACCUUCUUUUAAAUUCCAGCUGUGACUUGAAGCUGUGCGAUUUUGGCCUUUCCCGUUGCCUUGCUUCAAGUGACCGUUCUAGGGAGAAUAUGGUUGGGUUCAUGACGGAGUACGUUGCCACAAGGUGGUACAGAGCUCCUGAAAUCAUGCUCUCAUUUCAAGAAUAUACCACGGCUAUGGAUAUUUGGUCCUGCGGAUGUAUUCUCGCAGAAAUGAUUAGUGGUAAACCGUUAUUCCCCGGUAGAGAUUACCAUCAUCAGCUGUGGGUUAUCCUAGAGAUUUUAGGCACCCCAUCUUAUGAAGAUUUUGCACAGAUCAAAAGCAAAAGAGCAAAAGCUUAUAUUUUAAAUUUGCCCAUGAGGCUAAAGAUCCCAUGGAACGUAGCAUUGGGCACAAACGACAUUAACCCUCUUGCUAUGGAUUUACUGGAUAAAAUGCUGACCUUUAACCCGGACAAGAGGAUAAGUGCAGAAGAGGCGUUGAAGCAUCCUUACCUUGAAACAUACCAUGAUGCAAACGAUGAACCAGACUAUGAACUACUAAACCUGCAAGAUGAUUUCUGGAAAGUUGACAAUGAAGCAAGACAAAAGACGGAAGAAGAAGAACUACCUUUAGAUACACUCAAAAUGAUGCUUCAUAAAGAAGUCAUGAAACCGUUGCAAUGA